AUGAGCCUCUGGAGGCUUGUGGCUCAUGUACUUGGGCUGCUCGCAUUGGCCGUUUCUGGUACACAUGGCUCGAGCGGAUGGUUAGCAAUGGCUGUCAAUAGGGACGGAUUUGUUCAUUACGACGAUAAAUGGACGAAUAGUACCUAUUAUGUAGAAGCAAACUCGACAGGCGCCGAACUUCUUUUUGCAUACAACGGAUAUUCUGUCGAUGUAGUUACUCUAUACCACCAUGCUGUCCACCCAACAUUCGACAUUUAUCUAGACGGCCGUGCCAUCGAGCCCAACAAUAUGACCGUGACUUCAUCCCUAAACUCUUCGGAUCCAAGGGAGGCAGAAACCAACGGGAUUAUAAGCGUCGGUGAUGCCCCCGGUGAUCAUCAACUUCUUUUGCGCACGACCUCCUCCGUGGUCGUUUUUCUCACAGGGUUCGAAAUUCACUUCAACUCAAGCUCCGCUCGCUCAAGUACAUUUGGGCUGUACGCCGGUAAUAUCCCCCAAGAGGCAUCUUAUGUCGAUAAUACAGGCGAUGUUGUGGCAUACUCGCCCGAGGGCUGGGACUUGGGUGCACACAAGACCCUUGCAAAUAACAAGACGCUUUCGCUCACAAGCACCCCUGGCGCAUGGGUGGAAGUCUUGGUAGACGCGCGCGGCGAUCCUAGUACAUGGCUAUAUGGUAUGAUUUCUCAAGAGUCCUCUUGGGCCAAAGCGCAGUUGUUCAGAGUCGACGAUUAUGAUAGAAUACCGAGCAAGGAGGACAUCAUUCGUGUCGGCGGUGACGAAUCUCACAAACCUCUAGACUCACCUAUCCAUCAAGUACCUUUGUAUUCUACGGGCAAACUCGAAUCCACCAAGGCUUAUAUUAUCCGCUUGACUCUCCUCAACGGCACACUGUCGUUUGACUUUGCCAGAAGCCAAUCCCAGUUUUUCUCACCCAAGUGGUUUCUCCAACGUCCACCCAAAGGAAUUAGCCUCAGUCUGGAAACAAUCCUGAUAGCCACUAUUCUUCCAAUCAUAUUUAUUGCGCUUUUCGCUAUUCUGGGCUGUAUUGGAUGGCGUCGCUAUCGACAGAGUCGCGAAAGAAUACGGGUCGGAAAGCGACGGUCACGUCCGCAGUUCGUUGGGAAAACCACUGUCGCUGGAAAGGAAUUAUCGUUGAUGAUACCCAUUCCAUUCGACUCGGACAUACUUGCUCCCACGAGAUCCUAUACACCCACGGGCGCGACAACACCAGCCGGUGUCUCUGCUACAUCGACGAAUACGAUUCCAGGCUCCAGAUUCUUCCAAAACCACAAUCCUAAAUUGAGGUUGCGGGGGGAGGUCCUGGAUAAUAAUGAGGGUGCUGGCUCUGUGGUCGCCCUCAUGCUGACCAAUACUGGGAACCGGACGGCCGUACAUGGAGUCUCAGACGCGUCCAGCUACGAGUUUGAGUCGGAAUCUGGAAUACCUGCCGAGGAGAAUGAGAAUUCCGGGUUGGACGGAUCGCUCCGCUUCUCGGCCACGACCUCCUAUAUCCCCUCGACGAGCGAGGUCGAAUCCUUUAUGGAACCUGCAAGUGUUCCGUCGGCGCAAAUUACCGACAACAAUGGAGGGGGGGAAGCCGCUAUAGAGCCUUUGAUGCUGACGCAUGAGGAUCUGGCGCUGGUAUUUCAACGGGCAACCGAGUUGCGUGCACUGCAUGGAUCUGCAAAUCCGGCGGAUUUGGAGAAGUUGAACGAAGGCCAACAAGCGGAACGAUUAGAAGCGCUCGCGCGACAGUUGGCCGGCGUAUCAGCAUUAGCGGACAAUUAG